CCAGGCCCAGCAGUCAUAGGUAAACAUGGCUGCGGUGAAGGGGGGUGCCGGCGCUCCUUCUGUUUCCGAGAUUUUCAACACAAUGGAGUAUGGGCCGGCCAGCGAGGACGACAAAGUAGCACAGGCCUGGCUUGAUGACCAUGGCCGGCUGUUUGGCCACUUCAUCAACAACAAGUGGGUGGUGCCUGUGGGCCGGCAGACCUAUGAGUCCAAAGCUCCAUCUGACAACGCAGUGCUGGCGUCCACCAUACAGGGUACAUCGGAGGACGUGGACCUAGCUGUGGGGGCCGCCAGGGAGGCCUACAAGUCAUGGUCUGCCCUCCCGGCACACACCAGGGCCAGGCACCUUUACAGCAUCGCACGACAUGUCCAGAAACACGCCCGUCUACUGGCCGUGGUGGAGGCCUUGGACAACGGCAAGACGGCGAGGGAGUCGAGGGACUGUGAUGUGCCACUGGUGUCCCGGCAUCUGUACUACCAUGCGGGGUGGGCUCAGCUGAAGGACACACAGAUGGCUGGCUGGAAAAGUGUAGGAGUCGUGGGGGCCAUUGUGCCGUGGAACUUCCCAUUGAUGCUGCUGGCGUGGAAGGUUUGCCCAGCGCUGGCCAUGGGCAACACCGUCGUCCUUAAGCCAGCCACUAACACUCGCCUCUCAGCCCUCCUCUUCGCUGAGAUCUGUGCUGAGGCUGGGCUGCCGGCAGGGGUGUUCAACGUGGUCACUGGGGGCGGCGCGAUGGGCACCCAGCUGGCCAUUCAUCCUGAGGUGGACAAAGUAGCCUUCACAGGUUCUACUGAGGUCGGCCAAAUCCUGAGGAGGGAGACUGCUGGCUCGGGCAAAAAGCUUUCCCUGGAGCUGGGUGGGAAGAGUCCGGUGAUUGUGUUCGACUCGGCUGACCUUGACUCGGCAGUGGAGGGCGUGGUGGACGCUAUCUGGUUCAAUCAAGGACAGGUGUGUUCGGCUGGGUCACGCCUGCUGGUCCAGGAGCCAGUGUUUGAGACAUUUAUCACCAAGCUGAAGCGACGGAUGGAGACCCUUCGCCUGGGCCCCUCGCUGGACAAGGUGGUAGAUAUGGGCAGCGUGGUGGACCUAACUCAGAAGAAGUCCAUCGCUGCCUAUGUGGACGAGGCUCGGCAGGAGGGGGCAGAGGUCUUCCAGGUGAAGGCUCCCCCUGGCUGCUACUACCCCCCAACCCUCAUCACUGGGGUGGGCACUGCUUCUCGCUGUGUGGUGGAGGAGAUCUUUGGGCCGGUCCUGGUGGCCAUGCCCUUCAGGACUGCCAAAGAGGCCAUUGCCCUGGCCAACAACACCAUCUAUGGCCUCGGGGCGUCUGUCUUUACCGAGAAAAUGACCCUUGGCGUUGAAGUUGCAAAAAUGAUCAAAGCUGGAGCUGUGUGGAUCAACUGCCACAAUUUGUUUGAUGCAGCAGCUGGCUUUGGGGGCUACAGGCAGAGUGGCUUUGGGAGGGAUGGCGGCAAGGAAGGCCUGUAUGAGUACGUCAAGCCUGCCUGGCAAGGACCUCUCAAGCUCACAGCGCCUGCAGUGGAUUUUGCAAGGUUUGGAGCAGCAUACAACGGUGGCCUGCCCUCCAACCCUGCCUCACCCCAGCAUCAGCUUCAGCAUGCCGUGAGUGCCGAGGGAUCGGUGCCGCGCGUGGACCAGACUUACAAGCUUUACUAUGGCGGUGCACAGAAGCGCCCUGAUGCUAACUAUUGCCGGGUGGUCCUGGACACACAGGGUAAAGCCUUCGCCCUUGUUGGUGAGAGCAACAGGAAGGACGUGCGCAAUGCUGUAGAGGCGGCCGGCAAGGCUCAGUCUGGCUGGGCGAAGCGGAGUGGAUUCAACCGCUCACAGAUCCUCUAUUACUGGGCUGAAAACCUGGAGCAGCGUCGGCAGGAGCUAGCAGACCACCUGGUAGCAGUGACAGGCCAGAGUGCCAAGCAAGCAGCCCAGGAGGUGGAUGCCUCUGUAUCCAGACUCUUCCACUGGGCGGCACUGUGCGACAAGUAUGGCGGCAGCGUGCAGGAGACACAGCUGUAUGGCAUGGUGGUGCAGGUGAAUGAGCCCGUCGGGGUGGUAGGGGUGGCCUGCCCGGACGAGGCCCCCCUGCUGGCCUUUGUGUCCUUGGUGGCUCCAGCAGUGGCCCGAGGGAAUGCUGUGGUGGUGGUUCCCAGUGAGGCCCACCCUACUGUGCCCCUCUCCCUCUACCAGGUGUUGGAGACUUCUGACGUGCCUGCUGGUGUCAUCAAUAUCCUCACCGGCAGCCGCGACCAUAUCACCAAGUACCUGACGGAGCACCAGGACGUCCAGGCCAUGUGGUACUUUGGUAGCCUGGAGGGAUCAACCUUUGUGGAGCACACCUCGGCUCUUAACGUCAAGAGGACAUGGGUGAGCUACGGCCGCCAGCGUGAUUGGUCCAGCCAGGAACAGGGCGCGGGUGAGGAGUUCCUGUACCAAUCCACACAGGCCAAGAAUGUCUGGCUCACCAUGGGGGACAUCUUUGCCAACUAACAUGCCCAGUGUCGUAGUUUUGUGUGUCGCUAAUGCUAUGUUGGGCCGUGCUUUCACUUUAUCGAACAUUUUUCUUUGUUAAUACAGACGUCCCUCAAAUAGUACGGUUUCCAGUAGUUCGGUUUUGGUUUUAUGUCGAUUUUCUGAGAUUUUUUAGGAUUUUAAAAUUUCCCGACAAGCAGGAAAUUUAAAAAUCCUAAAAGAUCUUCCAUGACAAUCUGUAUAAAACCGAAACCAAACUAUUGGAAACUGUGCUAUUUGAGGGACGACUGUAUAUCAAAUGCAGUUUUCCUUAAAUGACAUCUUGCCAACUAGUGCAAUCAGUCAAGAAUUUGUGCUCAAACUACAGCGAAAUAUUUUGUUUGUUGCUUGUAUCAUAUGGUACCUCGCAUUCAUUUGACCACAUAUGUUACUUGGUUUAUCAUGUGCCAAAGACAGUUUUCUAUGAAUGGCACCAUUGCCCACGAGUGCACUCAAUAUUUUCUGCACAAACUAUAAAAAGAAAUUUGUACAUGUGGCAGGUUGUUUUUUCAGCUUUUCUUUCAUCUUAUAUAAUAUCCUGUGUUCAUUAUGUUAGUCAGUUUUGCACAUUAUAGUAGUUUAUAUAUAUUACAGUAAAGUCUCACAUUUGGCGACAUAUUGGUGUCAGAGAAAACUUGUUAUAUACAAAUAAUCAAAACAAUGUGAAAAAUGUUUAUCGGUAUCAGAACCCUCAGAGAAAGCCUUUUUGCUUAUUUGGUGCCAUCAGACCAUUUCUUGGCCUUAUCUUGCAUUGUGUAAUUGCUGAGGUUCUUUCCCAUGUGAUACAUUUUGGCUCCUUUUCCUUCCAAUGAGGUCAUCUUAUUUAUCAUCUCCUCCAUUGCUCCCCCGUUUUCAUAAAGCCUUUGACAUAUCACACUCAGUAGACUGCACAGGGCUAGACGUUGUGCCAAGUGGCUGAGAAUUGUGAUUUUAGUAUAUGACAGAUAGACUGAUACACUUUUGGUGGGGAAGUACAUUGAGAACAAUUAGCAUUUCCACCCAUCAACCCUGACUAGCAAAGUUCUCUCAAGAAGAUCAAUUGGAGCCCCAUGGUGGCGGUCAUGAGCUAACCAAGAAUGGUGCAGCUGUAAUACUUACUUAAACCACUAAUAGGCUGGUGCAAACCAACAGGUUCUGUCAUGAAAGGCUACUGGUGCUAUGUGCUGUGGGCCCAACAAAAAAGAAAAAAGAAAAAAAAAAAAAUUAAUUGAGGUCGCCAAUUGCAAAUUCCCAAAAUCCAAACAUGCUGAAUGUGAGACUUUACCGCACUGUGCCAAUUAUAAACAGAUUGACAUGUAUUCUGUACUAGGUGCUAGAGUGCUAGAGUGCUAUAUUAAAUUAAUGAGUUGGUUUUAUAUAUUAAAUUUAUGAUGUAAUUUUAUUAUGGAUUUAAAAUUUACAAGUACCUUGUGUAUUCACUGAAGGUAAAACUGGAGAAACUGUAGCUAAAAGUUCCUGGUGCAGGUGGAGAAAGGUACAAUUUAUACCCAGAAGGGAUUAAGUGUCCAGAAGUGGUGUUAUGCUGUGUUUUCAGUCAGUGGUCAAAUGUGACUAGUCAGUGUUGGGAAAGGCAAUCCAUGACACAUUUUUGUUCCUAUAAAUUUUUGACAGCUACAAGGGUGCUGGGGUAUGCUUUGCAUUGGUGUAAGUGCCUCCAUGUUAGAAGUGUCUUGGGUGUUGUUAAGACUUGCAUGCAGCUCUAAUGAAUAGUUACCGGGCUACCACAGGACAAACAUGGUCCCUAACAGAAACAGUUGAAUGAACACACACAGUUAGAAGUCAUACAUCAAUGGUGUGGUCAAGUGUAAAUCUUUAUAUCAACAGGCAUCAGUUGGACUUAUUGAUGCUUCACAUCAGAUGGUCGAGGCUUGUCAGACACCCAUACAAUAUGAAUUCUAACAUUUUUGUUAACCCCUUCACUCCGGCAACGCUGACGUCACUGUAUGGAAAGGGUUAGUCCUCUUCUAAACCUCUUAAUCCUCUUUUAAAACUUCUUAAGAGGAAGUGGAAGAGGAUUAAGAGAAAUUCAGAGGAGGAUUGUGAGGUUUAGAAGAGGAUUUAUCCUCUUCCAUUUCCUCUUGACCCUUUCCAUACUGUGACGCCGACAUCUGCGUCACGGAUGGAAAGGGUUAAAAGAAAAUUUAGGAGUAUUAAUGUGGUGUUCCUCACCGAGAGUUCCUGCAUGACUGACUGUAAGCACACCAGAGAUUACUUGGUGACUAAACAUGUGGUGCAGCCAUUCAUGUCUGACCAUACACCAAAAUAUUUUGAUACAUUUUCUGAUGUAAACCAAUGCAGAAUAUGGUAUACAUAUCACACAUUCCUUACAUAAUUAUAACUGAUCUAUUUUUCCAUGUUUAAGAAAGUAUCACUGUUUGUUGUUAAAUCACAGUUGUUAUUUGAUUACAUAAUAAAAGAGUUUGAUCCA